UUUCUACUUUUAUAUAAACAAUAUGGUAGCCUCCAUGAACUUGAGAGUUCUAUCAAGUAAUAAUACUGAAGUGCAGCAAUAUUCUGCAAUGAAUCUACUGAACUGGCAAUUCACAUAUCGUCAAUAUUGUUUCACUUUUGAAAAAGAUAACCAUUGACGAUCUAGAUCUAGAUCCCUUUUCAGGCUGCCUGGGACAUGGAAGUGUUCAGCAGGUUGCUGGCCUCGGGGAGCCCAGUGCUGACAGCUGGCAACUGUCUUCAUGCGGUGAAGAGAGUGUCUUUGCACAGGUCGAGCUGGAAGCGAUCGAGUUGUGUUGUGUGGAACUCUGCCUCUGUUACGAGUGAUAGUCUACCUGUUGUCAAAAAUAACAGAAACAAAAGUUUUCUAGGGAACGCUUUUAUUGUUUCAAACCAUAAACUUUUAUUAUGCAAGAGCAAAUACACCCCACUAAUACUGACAGCCCAUCAGCUGAGAUGUGCAGGAUUAUCACAUUUGAGUGGUGCAGCUCCAUAUUCAACUAAAAGUUCGCAAGUAGCCAACAUAUCGGCAAUUCUGAAAAAUCAGUCAGCUUUACAAGUGAAACGACAGACCCGGAAAAAAGUUCCCAAGGUUACAGGUGAUGGAAAGACGAUGCAGGUAAACAACGUGGUGGCGUACGCCGUGGCGGAGGAGCUCAAUCUGGCAGGUUUGCUGGUGCACUUACAGAAACAGGGACUUUACCAGGUCGGGGAGCUGCCUCAAGAUGUGACCAAUGCGCUACACGUCAGAGGAAAGUACAAAGUGGACUUGAGGCCAAAGGAAAUUUUCAUAUUUCAAGAUGGAUCCGUUGUGUUCUGGUGUAUUCCUGAGAUUGAGAGAGGAGCGUUCCUGAAGAUGUUGGUCAAGUACUCGGAGGGCCCGUACUUCACUUCCCUCAUGUUCUAUGAGAAGGAAGAGAUGGACUUUACCUACGUCAAAGGGAACACUGGACUAUCAGGUGACAUCAUCCAGUUCUCCGAGGGUGAUCAGGAAAGCUCGCAGCGCCUGCUGGAGCUCUAUACCUUCUCCAACGCCCUGGCGCAGUCGGUCAAACUGGCGAUAUGGGAAGCCUCCCUCAGCAAAUUUGUCUCCUCGAUCGAAAAAGUCACAGAGGAUCUACGCCACGGCCGGAAGAUCAGCAUGUCUCGCAGAGAGGUCCUCAUGAAGACAGGAGAACUUUUCUCCCUCAGACAUUUGAUCAACCUGAGCUCUGACCUACUGGACACGCCGGACUUCUACUGGGACCGUAGCGGCCUGGAGCCUCUCUAUAUCUCGCUGAACAGUCAUCUCAACAUCACCAGGAGAACACGGGUGAUGAACGAGAAGCUGAACCACUGCUGCGAACUGACCGAACUGAUCAGCUCCCAGCUCAACGACGCGCACCACACAAGACUCGAGGUCAUGAUCAUCAUCCUUAUCAUGGUCGAGGUGGUGUUUGAGUUUGUCCACUACGCAGAGAGAUAUCUGGACAAGCACUCGGCCGAAGGAGAGGAGAAGGAAGUCAGCGCCAGCUCGUCGUCAUCAUAGCUGAGUGAAUCAGCCGUCACCCUUCUCCGGUCUGAUGUCUUUCAAACCCGACGCCGCCGGUAAAGGAAGUCUUUUUGAACCUUGGCCGGCUGCAACGUUCGAGUUAGACGUUUAUCUAAUUAUCUAAUAUAAUCUGGAGGGCCGCCAAGUAGACUAUGGUAAGUCAUGUUUUUCCAAUUUUACCGGAGAGACAAAAAACCAGAUUUUCUUGAAGUAUUUUGGGUGGAUUGUUAGCGAUCCAGUAGCAUCUGAGCGUUAACUCUUCUGCAUGAUGCCAUUCGGUAAU